GACGAUGGCGGCUUCGCUGUACCGUGCCCUUGUAAACACAGCGGACAAAUUCGUCCCGGGAAAAUUACGACCGCUAUGGGAGCAUCCGGCAGGUCCAAAGACUGUGUUCUUUUGGGCACCCUCCUUCAAAUGGGCCCUCGUGGUGGCUGGGAUUGGAGAUUUGGCAAGGCCUGCCGAUAAGCUGAGUGCUUCCCAGUCUACGGCUCUUGCAGCCACAGGCAUUAUAUGGUCGCGGUACUCGAUGGUGAUCAUCCCAAAGAACUACAACCUGUUCAGUGUCAACAUCUUCGUGGCACUGACCGGUCUCUACCAGCUGCUCAGGAUUUUUAGGCACCAGCAGUCCUUGAAGGAGGGAAACAAGACAUAGGGCUUAAUGUUUUCUUCCUAUAAGUAGGCUCAGAUCCACGGUAGACAAACUUGCCAAACUGCUGGUCUUAAUAACUUUUGUUCAGUGAGGCAAUAGAAGUCUGUUGUAAUCAAGAUACUCCUUUACUCGGGACAUGUUUUCAAGUAAUAAAAUUUAAAAAAAAGAAGA